CAUUUGGAGUCUACCUUAUAGGAACGGAUUUCCCAAUGUGAACUCAGCUGAAACGCCGCCACUGAACCAACAUGUCUCGCCGCAAGCAGGGCAAACCCCAGCACUUGAGCAAACGGGAGUUUUCGCCUGAGCCGCUGUCAGGUGUUUUACCAGAAGAAGACUCUCAGGACUCUCCCAGGCUGGGAGUGGCUCAGGGCGACCCCCUUAAAGGGGACCAGGACCUGCUGACCUGUGGCCAGUGCCACUCCCGCUUCCCUCUGGCUGACAUCCUGCUAUUCAUUGAACACAAACGGAGGCAGUGCCAUGGGAGCCUCUGUACGGACAAACCUCUGGACAGGCCACCAUCCUCCCCGCUCGCCUCGCCGCUCUCCACGUCCUCCUCGCACUCGCGGACCCACCAUCAGCACCCGCGAAGGAUGCGUCAUCCCGUGGAGGUGGCUGUACAGGUGUCGCCACAGGAUGAGGAUUGUUUAUCUGCACCCUUGCAAGGAAUAAUCCCCAAGCUGGAGAAUAUCACAGAUAAAGAUGAGCCCAGCAGUUACACCUGCACCACGUGCAAGCAGCCCUUCACCAGUGCCUGGUUCCUGCUCCAGCAUGCCCAGAACACCCACGGCUUCCGAAUCUAUCUGGAGAGCGAGCCUGGCAGCCCCCUCACCCCCCGUGUGGCUGCAGCUCCUGGGAUGGGGGGUGACUGUGCCUCCUCCCAGCCUCCCCUCCAUGCUGUCCACUUAGCUGACGGCAGUCCUUACAGUCUCCUGAGGAUGCCAGGUUCUGGGUCUGGCCGGGAUUCGGCAUCCACACCUCGUGAAGGUCGCUACCCCCGGACCCCACCGCUGUUUAGCCCGCCACCACGCCACCACCUGAGCCCAGAUGACCUGGCCCUGGCAACCCACCAUCCCAGCGCCUUUGACAGGGUUAUGAGGCUCAACUCAGUUCCACUAGAACCCCCUCCGAGCAUGGACUUCUCUAGACGUCUACGUGAGCUGGCUGGGAAUGCCACUGGGGCUUCCCCACCUCUCUCCCCUAACAGGCCCAACCCUAUGCAACGGCUUCUGCAGCCAUUCCAGCCAGGUUCGAAGCCUCCAUUUUCAGCUACACCUCCCCUCUCCACUUCUCAGUCACCUUCUGGGUCACGCUCCACCCCCAACGCCGUAUCCAAUGCAGUCCAGCCAGGCACACCUCUAAAGGCAAAGUCUUGCGAGUUCUGCGGGAAGACCUUUAAGUUCCAGAGCAACCUAAUCGUUCACCGGCGUAGCCACACAGGGGAAAAGCCAUUCAAGUGUCACCUCUGUAACCAUGCCUGCACCCAGGCCAGUAAACUGAAACGACACAUGAAGACACAUUGUCAGAGCAAGUCGUCGGUGCUUAAUGCCAAGUCAGAUGAUGGCCUCUCGACUGCGAGCUCCCCUGAGCCCGGUACUAGUGAGUUGAUGGGUAGUGCCACAGAUGCCCUUAAGUCAGUGGUGGCCAAGUUCAAGAGUGAGAACAAUGGCCUGAUGCCUGAAAAUGGAGAAGAGGAGGAGGAAGAUGAGGAGGAGGAGGAAGAGGAGGAAGAGGAAGAGGAGGAAGAGGAGGAAGAGGAGGAGGAGGAGGAAAUUGAGAGUAAGCCUGGAGUGGAAGAAGAAGACGCAAGGAAUGACUAUCGUUUCAGCCUGCGGCUAGAAGGUGCACGCCACCACCAGAACAGCGAGGCCCUGCACCCACGCCGCCGGAGCUCGUCCCAGGAGCCCGGUGAUGAGGACUCGGCCAUGGAGUCGGACCGGGCAGAUGAUGGAACCACGACUACCAUCAAUGGCCUGGGUUCUCUAUCCACUGAAAGCCUUUCCCGGAAGCUGCUGAGUGGUGGGGUCAGCCCUGGCUCCCUCAGUCCCCUGUCCAAGCGCAUCAAAGUGGAGAAAGACCUCGACCCCCCCACGCCCACUAUCCCAAACACAGAGAACGUCUACUCCCAGUGGCUAGCUGGCUACGCUGCCUCACGACAACUCAAGGACCCCUUCAUCAACUUUACAGGUGGGGACUCAAGACAAUCGCCCUUUGCCUCCUCAUCGGAGCAUUCGUCAGAGAAUGGCAGCCUGCGCUUCUCCACUCCACCUGGAGAGCUGGAUGGGGAACGGGUCGUUUCAGGACGCAGCGGCACUGGCAGUGGGGCCAGCACGCCCCACGGGAAUGGCAGGCCGAGCUCCAAGGAUGGCCGCCGCAGUGACACUUGUGAGUUUUGUGGCAAGGUGUUCAAGAACUGCAGCAACUUGACAGUGCACCGACGCAGUCACACUGGAGAGCGGCCCUACAAGUGUGAGCUGUGCAGCUAUGCGUGCGCCCAGAGCUCAAAGCUCACACGCCACAUGAAGACCCACGGACAGAUGGGCAAGGACGUGUACAAAUGUGAAAUCUGCCACAUGCCUUUCAGUGUAUACAGCACUCUGGAGAAACACAUGAAGAAGUGGCACAGCGACCGCCCUCUGGCUAAUGACAUUAAGACUGAGUAGGCAAAGAGCAGCAUGCUGGCAGCUCUCUCUCUCUCAGCUCCCCUGGCUAAAAAGCGACCCUGGCUAAAUAGCCGAUAAGUGAGGGGAAAGGACAACAGGGUUAGACACCAGUACACAGUACAGCCCUGUUAUAAUCCCCGACUGGAAAAAGCUGAAUGCAUGAUCCAUCAUUGGGGCAAUACUAUUGCAUCAAACGCAAAACGUUUUGAGCCUUUCUAUUGUGCAAUAAUUUCCACGUUUUGUAUUUUUUGUAACUGGACAGCAUGCUCGGUGUGUUUUGGCUACAAGUGAAAAUUGUCCUCGGCUGGUGGGUUGGUUGUACAUGUGUUGCUGUUGAUACUUUUGAUUUUUUCAACAUAAAAAAAACAUUAGUUAUGAGAACCCAUGCUGCAUACAGUACAUACUGUUUUACAUAUCAUGUACAGUUUUGUGUUCGAACAUAGUGGACAGUGUCAUAUUAUCAAAACAUCACGACAAGCAGGGUCACACUUAAAACUGAUCUUUGUGAAAGAUUUUCCAUGCAAGAUUGAGAUAAGAGAUAUAUAUAUAAAAAUUGGGCUGCCUAUGAAAUGCUAGGCACUGGCGCCAUUAAAUAUUUCUUUUACAAACAGCAAUGAAAUUAACAAUAUGGUGUGAAAUGACAACAAAGAGUGCCUUUGAUAUUUUACCUGCAUUAGUUAAUCCUCCUUUUUGCUAUAAGCUCGGAGUUUCAGCUAUGGAAGAUUACAGGACAUUUUUGUGCACAUAUGGAAUAAGCAGGUACUUGCAUCAAGCACCUGCACGACCCUGUUGUUUUGUGACUUAGCAGAGCAUAAGGAACCAGCUGAAACAAAAACGAAAAAAAAAAAGAUUAUGUGUAUCUCCGGUAAAUCAUUUAUCUGCCUGACUCAUGUAUAUUGUUAUUCUCCAGAUUAUGAUUCUGUUUACUGGCAUGUUACAUGCUAAAAAGUAGUAGGAGUUUGGUGUGUAGAGAUUCGUUUUAGGUGUUUUUAUUUUCUGGUGCACGUGUACCAUACUGAGAGGGUACUCUGACGAGUCGUUUUAACCAACGUAAAGCUCUUAAUUUUCCAGAGUGUUUAUUUUCUUUGAAAAUUAAAAGUUUGCAGUUUUUUUUGUAAGUAGCACAGAAUUAUGUUUCUUCGGUGUCAGCCAGGCAGGCAGUGUAGCCAGCAGCCACUUGAAGACCACAGAGUGGGUUUUAGUUGUUCCAAGCCAGACAGAUUUUGGGUGAGG